GUGGUGGAAAAGGCAUAGGAGUAGUUUUUGUGCGUACACAUCGUUUAUGCAUCUGGCCCCUGAUUGUUUGCAGCAGAGUUUAAAUUCAGAAAAAUGUAGAAAGAAAGGAAGGCUCAGAGAAACGUGACCAUAUGUAACAGAAGAAACUCCCACACUACCUCAGAGAGGCAGCAAGGGAGAGAAGAAGGAGCAGCGCGUAGGUUAUCCAGUUCCUUGCGCAGCUUUAAACAUCUUGAGCCGGCCACAAUCAUCAUGUCGUCUCCCCAGUACAUUGAGUACCGCGGGUUUCUCCUGCCAUCUGAGGCGCACAGCGCGGAGAGCUUGGAGUACGCGCAAAACUUCUCUGUGGAAGACACCGACGUGUUUGCUGUGACUUACCCCAAGUCAGGUACAAUCUGGAUGCAGGAGAUCCUCCCACUGUUGCUGAAUGGAGGCGAUCUGACACCGAUCCAAACCAUUCCCAACUGGGACAGGGUCCCCUGGCUGGAGGAGAAAAGACUGGCAGAGGUGGUGGACCAGUUGCCAUCUCCACGGGCAAUGGUCACACAUUUUCCUUACCACCUCAUGCCCGCCUCCUUCCACACCUCCAAAGCAAAGGUAAUCUAUGUCAUGAGGAACCCUAAGGACAUCCUGGUGUCUUCAUUCUACUUCCAUCAGAUGGCUGAAUUCCUUGAGGAUCCAGGAACCUUUGAUGAAUUCAUAGAGAAAUUCCUAGAGGGCAAAGUGCUGUUUGGAAAAUGGACAGACCAUGUGAAGGGCUGGAAAGACACAGACCUGGGAGACAGAAUAAUGUACAUCACGUAUGAAGAAAUGGUUCAGGACCUGCCUGCAGCUCUCAAGCGCAUGUCUGAUUUCCUGGGCCGUAAUCUGAGUGAUGAAACCAUUCAGAAGAUAGCAGAACAUUGCUCCUUCAAGACCAUGAAGACCAACACCAUGUCCAACUUCAGCCUGGUCCCUAAGGUGUACAUGGACUCAGACAAAUCUCCGUUCCUCAGGAAAGGCAUUGCAGGAGACUGGAAAAACCAUUUCAGCUCAGAGCAACUGGCCAGAUUUACAUCGGUCAUUCGCAAAGAGCUGGGGAAGGAGAGCUCCUCUCUGCCAUGGAGCCUGGAUUGACCAUCGGUCAGAGCAAAGACAGAGAGGGAAAGAGCUGUAGAAAUAAAAUCAAGGCAAGUAGGAAGCUGGUGCUAACUGGGCCAAAAUUUUUAGCUGUUUUUGGUUUUAAUAUUUGGUAUAUGACUAAGCACAUUUUAUUGAUUUAAAAAUAAAUACAUAACAAAGAACCUCUUUAAAGUUGGUUGGAUAAAUAUGUUGUUACCUGAUCCGUCCCGAAUGGAAAUGCAGCAUCUACAACAGUACACCCUCUGCAGAGAACACAUUUUUGCUAUUAUGUGUUAAACUCGCAACAAUUUUUUGGAUCUUACUGCAACUUUAUGGUCCAGUAUGUGACAUAUUAAGUUGGGUUUUUUUUACCCUGAACAUCAUUAAAACAAUGACGCAACACUUAUGCAAAUUUGCUGGCUUCUCGCUAGCUCGCAUAAUAUCUCUACAUAAUGCUAUAUUGAACAGAAAACAUGUUUUUGUGCUAAUUACUGCAUUGAUCUUGUGUGCAGUUUAAAAUGUUUGUCUCUACUACUUAGUGUCAAACCACUAAUAUGUAAUUACUGUGGAACAAAUGUACAAAUGUUUUUAGGCAUUUACUUCAAGUAUUAACAGUUUUCAUAGGGAGGUAUUGCCUAAAUCUCCAGUGAAUGCUUAAUAUCUCUGUAACGGCGGCAGUAGCUCAGUCCAUAGGGACUUGGGUUGGGAACCGGAGGGUCGCCUGUUCAAGUCCCCGUCCGGACCAAAAUAUGGAGCGUGAACUGGUGGCUGGAGAGGUGCCAGUUCACCUCCUGGGCACUGCCGAGGUGCCCUUGAGCAAGGCACCAAACCCCCCCAACCGCUCGGGGUGCCUCACCAAGGGCAGUCCCCUCACUCUGACAUCUCUCCACUUUGUGCAUGUGUGUGUCUUUUGGACCUGUGUGUAAUUGACAAGCAAGAGUGAAAACAUUGAAUUUCCCCUCAGGGGGAUUAAUAAAGUAAAUAAAUUUAAACUUAACUUAAACUUAACACUCAUUACUGUGUUUUGGUUCAUAAAACACAGGUUCUUACCUAUUUGUGUAUGUCUGAGGGAACAAACUACGCUAACAUCCACACUGAUAUGUUUUUGUUCUAAAACCAAAACAAUUGCAUUCACACUACUCCGGCGUUUGCAACCCUCAGAAUUGAGA